GGCGGCCCUGCGCGCGUAGCCAUUCCGGCUAGCUGAGCCAGACCCGCGCGGAGCCAGCCGCCGCCGGCCGGGGGCGGAGGCCGCUGGGGGGCGAGGCCAGGCGGGGAGGGGGCGCCGGCUCCGCGCAGAUCUCGGCGGUCAGUGCGCCCCGGGCGAGCGCGGCGGCUCAGGCGGUGGCCGAGUCUGUGGCGCCGCCGGCGCUCCAAGGAUGCAGGCCAUGGACCCGGCCGCAGCGGAUUUUUAUGAGGAGGAUGGCAAAGACCUAGACUUCUACGACUUCGAGCCGCUCCCUACUCUGCCAGAGGAUGAGGAGAACGUGUCCCUGGCCGACAUCCUCUCCCUGCGGGACAGCGGCCUCAGCGAGCAGGAGGCCUGGGCCGUGUGCCUGGAGUGCAGUCUGUCCAUGAGGAGUGUUGCGCACUCGGCCAUCUUCCAGACGCUCUGCAUCACGCCCGACACGCUGGCCUUCAACACCAGUGGGAACGUGUGCUUCAUGGAGCAGCUCAGCGACGACCCUGAGGGAGCCUUUGUCCCCCCGGAGUUCGAUGUGACUGGGAACACCUUUGAGGCUCACAUCUACUCUCUGGGCGCCACGCUGAAGGCAGCCCUCGAGUACGUGACGGAGCCCGAGCCCGAGCCCCAGCUAAGCCAAGACCUGGAGGGGCUCCCGGGAGGGCGGCGGAGCUGAGCCGCUGGCGCCCGUGUGCAGAGCAUCAUCGCGCUGUGCGAGGAGAAGAUGCAGUUCACGUCCUCCUGCCGCCUGUGCCGCAGCCUCUCGGCCGCCGGGAGGAGGGUGCUCUCCAUCGAGUCCUUCGGGGCGUUUCAAGAUGUUAGUGAGAGUACCUGGAGGGGGAGACUUGCUCCAAGAACUGUGGGGCCCAAGAGGCAGCCCGGAGACCACUCCUCGGACCCAGAGGCCCUGCCUGCCCCAGAGGGCCUGCCCCAGACCCCGGCCCGAGAAAACCCGGAGCGCCCUGGGACCCCACCAUCCAAGCCUCUGCUAUCGACCCCUGUGAGAAACGGAGAAUGCCCGGGUCAGGAGGGGCUGGCCCCGGAGAGGCUGGCCUGCCUGGUCCUGGACACCCAGCGCCCUCUGGGUGACCUGGACGGAGGCUUCCUGGAGAGGAGUCACCUGCGGAAAGUGCAGACACUCCCCCGGCUCCCGCCAGACGGUCCUGAGGCCGGCACCCUCUGCCUGUCGCCGAUUGGUGCCCAAAACCAGCCGCCCACACGUGAUUGCCUCCCUCCAGACCCGACGGAGGCCUGUCCAGAGGGGAAAAAAGGCCUUUCCAGCUUCCAGACACAGCCGGAGUCCAGACUGUGGCCAGAGCGAGAGCCUGAGCUCCAGCGGGGAGGGGCCCGGGGCGAGGGCUGCAGCAGGGACAGGGGGCUUGGGGCGCCCGUUCAGGGCCCCGCGGAGGAAUGCCCCUCGCCCGCUUCCGAGGACACACGAGCUGCAGGCCGAGACCCAGGGACUCCCAAGGCUGGUGACGGGAUUCCAGACGGAGCCUGGGAGCCGGGAAGUACAGCCACGGAGCAGGGCGUCUCCCUGCAGGAACUCCUGUCUAAGCUGGGCCGGCCCUUCAAGGAGUAUGAGCUGUGGGCUCUGUCCCACGCGUGCCUCAGCACCCUGCGAACGCACAGCGAGCACCCAGCCUACCUGUGUCCGGACUCCGUGCUGGUGGCCGAAGAUGGGACUGUGCUCUUCCGGCCGCCCCCUGCCAAUGGUGCUUACAACUCGUUCUUUCUGGCUCCUGAGGUUGCAGAGCAAAAAUUGGUGACUGAAAAGGCCUCCGUGUACUGUGUGGCCGCGGUGCUGUGGAUGGCAGCCAAGUUCAGCGUCCCCCAAGACCACAAGCUGGCGCUGCCCCGCAGGCUCAAGACCCUCCUCCUGCACAUGGCCAGACGCAGCGCCCAGGAGCGGCCGGCGGCGGCCGAGGCCGUCAAGUUGUGCAGCAGUUACCUCUUGCAGCGAGGCAUGGACAGCAGAAAGGUGUUAGCCCACCUGAGGGCGUCAACCUGCAAGGUUUACCAGGAGGAAGAGACUAUCAGUCUGCAAAGUGCUUCCUCGGUGGCGGAACUGAACCCCAGCGCUGCGCCCAGGCCCAGCUCAGGCUUCAUGCGGGUCAGCGGGGACACCAGGCUCGUCGCUGUGCAGGGCCCCGUGCCCAGUCACCCCUCCCGCCUCGAAGGGGCCGCCCUGCUGCCUGCGGCGUUCACCUCCCCGGCCACUCACUUUAGGCCCAUCGUCCUCACUCCAGAUGCAGGUGUCGCCAGGGACACAUGUGCCCUGUCCUCGAAGCCAGCCGAGAGGCCAGAGGAGAGGAGAGGCCAACUGGACCAGGAGGGUGAUGGGAAGCAAGCCCCUGAAGCCCACGGAGCCACCACCAGCCUGAAGAUGCCCGACCAGCCAGCACCAGGCCCCCCAGAGCCCCUCGGAGAGUCAGUGCCAGGAGACUCAGCCCAGGGGUGCCCCUGCCCCCCACCCCCUGCCCCGGCCAGUCUCUUGGAGGCGGCUUCAUUGGUGAUGCCCAAAUCUUCGGCCCCUUCCCCACCCCUGAAAACACAGGUGCCACCCCCAGAGCAAGAGACAGACGAGACUGUCCCAACUGGAGCCUCUUCCCAAGGCCUCAGGGCCCAUCCCCCAGGGCCCACCGCUGCCCACCUCAGCUCAAGCCACCUGGCCAAGCCACCCAGGAGCAAGGCCGCUGGGGGCCCGAACCAGGAGACGGAGGGCCCUGCGUCAACCCCACGUAACCCCUCCCUGGCCACAGCGAAUCCAGACAGCCCUGGGGGGACCCCCGUCGGGGACCAGGGUGACCGGGCCCCAGAAGGUCACCCCGAGUGGCCCUGGUCAGCAGACCGCAAGUCCUGUCCAUCCAGUGGGGACGCCUCACCCCUCCCGAAGGGGACAGACUGCCCGUCACUGCAGGAGGCCACACGCCUCAUCCAGGAGGAGUUUGCCUUCGACGGUUACCUGGACAACGGGCUGGAGGCUCUGAUCAUGGGGGAAUAUAUUUAUGCCUUGAAAGACCUCACCUACGCCACCUUCUGCGGGGCAAUUUCAGAGAAGUUCUGUGACCUCUACUGGGGGGAGAAGCUGCUGCAGAACCUUUUCAAAGUGGUGAACGGGAGGACGUCGCCCUCCGAGAACGUGUCUGAGGAGCCUGGGUCACAGCCCGAGGGCAGCAGCGGGACCAGCUUUCGGAGGAACUGCUCACCAACCAGCAGGAGGCCCUCGCGUCUCGGAGCGGGGAAGGAGAAGCCGGACGUGGACUCAGAGUUCUCCCGGGGCAACUUUGAGGUGGGAUUUCGGCCUCAGAAGUCGGUCAGAGCCGGGAGGGAGCAGCUGCCCGAGGCCGGAGAGGAGCGGCUGCCGGAUGGGGGCCUGGCCGUGGGUUCAGAGGCGGUAGCCCGGCCGGCCAGGCCCCAGGAGGGCGGCCCAUCCUCAAACCCAGGCCUGGCGAGCGUCCAGAGCUGCAGCCCCGGCUGGUGCAGCGCCUUCUACGAGGCCGACUGCUUCAGCGCCGACGUGUACAACUACGUGAAGGAGCUGGCGAGGCAGAAGGCCGGCGGGUCCCUGGACGCCGACACCCAGAGCCCGGAGCUGGAGCAGCAGCUCAUGAUCGAGAAGAGAAACUUCCGGAAGACACUCAAGUUCUACCAGAAGCUCCUGCAGAAGGAGAAGAGGAACAAAGGCUCCGAGGUGAAGACCAUGUUGUCCAAACUGAAAGGGCAGCUGGAGGAAAUGAGGUCCAAGGUGCAAUUCCUCGGGCUGGUCAAGAAGUACCUCCAGGUCAUGUACGCGGAGCGGUGGGGCCUGGAGCCCUGCGCCCUCCCGGUGAUUGUGAACAUCGCGGCCGCCCACUGCGACACGCUGGACUUCAGCCCCCUGGACGAGUCCUCGUCCCUCAUCUUCUACAACGUCAGCAGGCAGCCCCGCGGCGGCCGGCAGAGGAAGGCCCGCGUCCUACAGGCGGGCACGCCACUGGGGCUCAUGGCUUACCUCUACUCCAGCGACGCCUUCCUGGAGGGCUACGUGCAGCAGUUCCUGUACACCUUCCGCUACUUCUGCGCGCCUCAGGACUUCCUGCACUUCCUCCUCGACCGCAUCCGUGGCACUCUGUCCAGGGCCCACCAGGACCCCACGUCCACCUUCACCAAGAUCUACAAGAGGAGCUUCUGCCUGCUGCAGGCCUGGCUGGAGGACUGCUAUGCCGUGGACUUCACCAGGAACCCCGGGCUCCUGGGGAGGCUCCAGGACUUCAUCUCCUCCCAGAUCCUGCCCCUGGACAGCUCCGCAGAGCACCUGCUGAGCCUCCUGGAGGCAGGCACUGAGCGCCGGGCCGAGGGCGCCCCACGUGGCACAGACCUGGAGGACCCCAGGGAGGUGGAGGAGGACACCAGGCCCCUCAACGCCCUCUGUAAGAGGCUCUCGGAGGACGGCAUCUCCCGAAAGAGCUUCCCCUGGAGGCUGUCCCGGGGCAACGGGCUGGCGCUGCCUCACCACAAGGAGCGCCAGUACAGCAUCGCGUCCGCCCUGCCCAAGCCCUGCUUCUUCGAGGACUUGUGCGGCCCCUACGCCAAGGCCAGCGAGAAGGGGCCCUACUUCCUGACCGAGUACAGCACCCAUCAGCUCUUCAGCCAGCUGACGCUGCUGCAGCAGGAGCUGUUUCAAAAGUGCCAUCCAGUCCACUUCCUAAACUCACGGGCCCUGGGCGUCACAGACAAAAGUGCAGCCGUCCCAAAAGCCUGUUCCUCCGAGUCUCUGUCAGCCAAAGCCUGCAGCCUAUUUCUGCCCAGUUACGUCCAGGACAAGUACCUGUUGCAGCUUUUAAGAAGCGCAGACGACGUCAGCACGUGGGUGGCCGCAGAGAUUGUAACCAGCCACGCCUCCAAGCUGCAGGUGAAUUUGCUCUCCAAGUUUUUGCUGAUUGCAAAAUCCUGCUACGAGCAGAGGAACUUCGCAACAGCCAUGCAGAUCCUGGGCGGCCUGGAGCACCCGGCCGUGCGGCAGUGCCCUGCCUGGAGGAUUUUACCCGCCAAGAUAGCCGAGGUCAUGGAGGAGCUGAAGGCCGUGGAGGUCUUCCUGAAGAGUGACAGCCUGUGUCUGAUGGAAGGACGUCGCUUCCGGGCCCAGCCUACCCUGCCCUCAGCCCACCUCCUGGCCAUGCACAUCCAGCAGCUGGAGACAGGGGGCUUCACCAUGACCAAUGGGGCCCACAGGUGGAGCAAGCUCAGAAACAUAGCCAAGGUGGCAAGCCAGGUCCACGCGUUCCAGGAGAACCCCUACACCUUUGCCCCCGACCCCAAGCUGCAGUCCUACCUCAAGCAGAGGAUCGCCCGCUUCAGCGGGGCCAACAUCUCCGCCCUCGCCGCCGACAGCAGGGCCGGCUCCCACCACGUGGCCAGUGAGAAGCACUGCAGGAAGAUUCAGGACAAGCUACGGAGGAUGAAAGCCACAUUCCAGUGACGGAGGACGCGGGUCUGGGCAGAACCCAAACCACGGACGGAGCUGGGGCUGGGGGGCCCGGUGUCUGCUGCGUGCGCCGGGGUCUGCACAGCCGCCGAGAGCAGCCGGGCGGGCCCAGGAGGGGCGCCGAGGGGGCGGGAGCAUGCAGCUCAGACCCAGACCCGGGAGCACAGACGGUGGAGGCUGAGGGAAUUUCUGCUAGAAUCUAAGAUUAAAGGUUUGAACUGCAAAUGAAAAUGGAGUAAGUAAACUGCUCAGGAGCCAGAUACUCACUCACACUUCUCAGAUAAACAGCUUUCACCCAGCACGUGGUGGUCCAGCCUGACCCCCAAGGCCCUCCAGAAGCAGUGUUUCCGAGAGUCUGGCCUGUGUCUGCCCAGCCACUGACCUCUGACCCCCAUGCCGACCAGAUUCCAAGGGGUUCUGAAACCUUCCAUCAGGGCCCUGAGGCUUCCUGGUGGCCCGAGCCCCCAGUGGGUCCACACUCCCUCCCUGUCAGACAUCCCUGUCUUCGCCGUCCCAGGUGGGGCUGGCCCAGCCCGCAGCCCUCCCUGCCAGCCCGGUCCCAGCCCAGCCUCCCAAGCUCCCACAGGCAGACUCCAAGCGGCCCCCCGUGCCCACUGCCCCCACUUAGAACCGGUGGGGCAGGCACGCCAGGGCCAAGGCUCUGCUUCCAAAGGAGGCAGGACUCAGACAGCAGCCCCAGGGCCCUGAGUGUCCCCCUGCCCUGUCUGGGGGCCCGGGGUCCAUCUUCAACAACCACGCAUGUGACGCACACGCCCCCGCCUGGCUCCCAAGGCUGCGGCCACCGGCGCUCCGUCAGACGGACCAGGCAGUGGAGUUCGCUGCCUCAGCGGUGCCUCGCUCUUCCCCAGGGCUGUUUCCAAAGUGCUGGUGUCAGCUUUGCUCCGUGGGGGAAGGAAAGGCUCUGCGGGGGGCACAGGGACCAGGGCGGUGUGUCACACCCCCACAAAGGGAGGCCAGACCCCCAGCGCCAUCCCAGGCACCAACGUUUUUCCGUUGCAGAUCGCCACAAGACCCAAGAUGAGCUAUAGCAUUAGUGAUUCUUCAGAUCAACCAACUAGCGGUAUUUCUAGGAACACCGCUACCUGUGAUGAAACGCUGAAUUUUUAAUGUCAAUGUUUUCCCGUAUUAUUCACUCGAGACGUCUGGGUCCUGCUUACACUCCUGGCCAUGCAAACGUGGCUUGUUAUUUUUAGGCUUUUAUAUGAGCAUUAUGUUCUGCUAAACAACUCAUAACAUUUUCGGAAUUUAAAUUCAACAAAGGUAGUGUCACAAAGCCUGAAAUGAAGUCAGUGUCCAGCACAAGUAAGCAUUCCAACUGUAACUCUUCAUCCACGGGGAGUGGCCGGGCUUCUGGCUUUAGCACGACUUUGCAUGCUGCCCUAACGCUCACGGCACAGGUUUCUAAAUAAAAUCAUUUCUACAGAGGCGGCUUCCAUGGGGCUGAUUUAAUUUAUCUCCAAAGUGGCGCUGCUCGGUGGAUCAGGGUGGCCCCCUGGAGCCAGAUGAAGACAGCUUCAGGGGUGCUUGUCUUCAGGGGUGUUUGUGGAGGCGAGAGAGGACCAGAAGGGUUCAGGUCACAGCAAUGUCCUCGGAUGGUGCUCAGAGGGCUAGGCUCCCCAGGAUGGAAACCCCACGACUUCAGGCCUGAGAGCAAGCAGACUCACUCUGCUGCCACAGGAAAUACUCGCCUCUGGAGGAGGACCCAGCAAAUCUCCCAAAUGGCUGACCUGCCAAGGCCUCCCAGCUCCAUGGCCUUGAAGCCACUCUGCCACAAACCCUGCCCAUCACGGCGCAGACCUCGCCACGAGCCCACGGGCUGGACCAGGCGGCACCUCAUCCUCACUGGGGGAAGGCUGGGGUGAUCCCGGGGUCUUGGUCACCCCCAGGAAGGGCCCUGAUGCAUCUAUCGUCCAGGAUUGGUGGACAUCAUAGAGGGAGGGGCAGAAUGCCAGAGUUCUGGGUGUGAGCUGCUGUUUUCUGUGGAUGCGUUGGGGCAGGCGGUGUGCAGUGAAUGCCGAAGCCCUCUGCCAGCAGGAGGGUCCCGGGAGGGGAAGUUCUGCAACCCAGAUGAGGGGCUAGUAAAGUUGCGUUACUGUGGGCAGGAGCUGCUGUGGUCACGUGGCUCUGAUUUGGGGGCGGGAGAGACAUCUGGGUCCUCACCCACCUUAGAAUCACUGAACCCUGGUUUUUACUCCUCCUGAGACACAAGUAAAGCACUAAUGUCCCUUCGCUGUGCCAGCUUGGAUCAAAUCAACACGUUUUUCUCUGAGAACUGGCAGCCAGUUGCCCAGCAAGGCCCCACCCCACCCCUUCUCAGCCCCUCCCACGUUGAAUGGAGCACCCACC